AUGGCCCCCUCUCUCCCAUCGCGGUAUGAAAUCCGCGUUCUUGGACCAGAACAUGAGGAAUGGGCCCGGGCGAUUUGCCUUUACACAAACGUAUUCAACUCCGCGCUCUGGCCGGUUGUCUACCCUGAGAAUAAAACGAAGCGGGCCUAUCAGACUUUUCGAGCUGCUCACUAUAUAAUUAAGCACCAGAUCGAUUCGGGAAAGUCCCUUGGUAUCUUCGACAAAGAGUACCAGUGGAAGCGACCAGAGUCUGCGACCACCGGGGGCAAGCUGUACUGGAAUCUGGAGGAUGAGAGUGCCACCGAAAGCGAGCUGGCAGAGCAAAUGGACUUUCCACUAGUCUCAAUUGCCAUGGCCUACGAUGGCAUCGACGAGCUGGACAUGGCUCAGAUAAAACCUCUGAUAGAAGCGCUACCUUUGUUUGAAAAAGUCUACGGCGCCCUCGCGGAGCGAGACCAGCGUGAUCCUACAUCAUGGAAGCCCACGGGCCGCGGACAAGUCCUGAUGCGCAACGCUACAAGCACCGUUCAAUCUUAUUCCGGCCGUGGACUUAUGAGGCUUUUGGCUGAAGAGAUGAUGAGACGUUCGGCCGCGGAAGGAUUUCGUGGUAUCCAGAUCGAGACUGUUUCUGAGGGUGUGCAAAAGGUGUGGUCGUUCCCGCCGAAGCCGUUCAAGGGGAUGGUCAUCGGGCAGUUUCACACGAUGACAUUCGAGGAGAAGAAUGAUUCUGGGGAAGUUUUGUAUCCUUUCCGACCGGCGAAUGUCAACAUUGCCAAAGUCUAUGUCGACCUCCGGGCUUCGGAUUAA